CGCUUGACCUUUGCUCCCCAGACACCCACCUGCAAAAUGUGAAGUAGCUCGAGAUACUUCAAGACAGACAGACAGAGAUUUUUUUUUUUUUUUUUGCUUUUGUUUUUAGAAGUGUUGCAUAACAGCUGAAGUUCAAGAGUAAAAACACUGGGUCUAUACAAUGAUGCAGAUACUGGAGGCGCUGCCUGAAAGACGCUACUGAGGGGAACUAAAAGCCCACGUGCAGUUCCGUCCUGCUCUCCACUACCGACAACGGAAGUUUAAUUAGGCUACUUGGCCAGGGCACGUGUUAACGUAUUGUCUGUUAUGUUUGUUUAGAGAUGCGAGUUAACUUUACGGAGGACACAUGAAGCGUCUUUUGGCAUCCAAACAGCAGCUUUUAGCUUGUAGGUAUCUAUUGAGGAAAGUACCAAACAGACCCGUGAAGGCCUGCAAUGUUUCAGAGCUCUCUGUGCCCGUCCCCUGGGGAGAGAUCAGAGGUAAAGUGUGGGGUCCUGACCACGGUCAUCCUGUGCUGUGCCUGCACGGCUGGGCUGACAACUGUGGUACAUUCAACACCCUCAUUCCCCUUCUACCCAAAGACUGCAGAUAUGUGACAUUGGACCUGGCAGGUCACGGCCUCUCGUCACAUCGUCCUCCUGGAGUUUUCUAUCAUUUUCCUGACUACUUGGCAGAUAUACGCAGAAUUGUUGAUGCUCUGCAGCUGAAGGAAUUCUCAAUAAUAGGCCACAGUAUGGGAGGUGACAUUGGUGCGAUGUUCACUUCGCUAUAUCCUGAGAUGGUGGAUGCUCUCAUACUUCUGGAUGUUUACGGGUUCCUUCCUACAGAUUCAAAAGAAAUAUCCAAAGUGAUGAGGCAGGGGAUGGAUGAGAUGCUUCAGUAUGAAAAAAGGACAGAUGAGAAGAAAAGAGUUUACACUUACGAGAAGGCGGUUGAGAGGCUGUUGGCUGCAAACCCGACUCUGUCUGAACAGUCUGUGCACAUCCUAUUAGAGAGAGGUCUAGUUCAAGUUGACGGAGGAUUUGUGUUCUCCAGAGACCUGCGACUUAACUUUAAAAGCAUAGUGCGCUUCAGUUUGGAGCAGAAUCUGGAGAUGCAGUCGAGGAUUCAAGCUUCUGUUCUAGUUGUUCUAGCAGAAACAGGCUUUAACAGAAUGUUUUCUGAACCAACUCAGAAUAAAUUGGCCUCAACAAUUCUUCAGCGUUUGCGGGAUAGAAAUCACACAGUGGUGACUGUGCCCGGCGAUCAUCACGUCCAUCUGAAUCAGCCUGAGGUCGUCGCUCCAUUUGUGUCCGACUUCCUGCAAACCAAAGUCCUCUCACGGUCGACUAACCGAGAGCACAAGUUAUAAACUACAAGUCAAUUUCUGCUGUUGUUUACAAGUACAAACUGUGUGUUUACAGUAACAAAAGUCCCAUAAAGUGCUUUAAAAACACUACAUAAUUCCUGUUGAAAUGAGUUUGUGUGACAGGAUGUUAGAUGUUGAGGAAUCAGCCUUCACUGUUUUAACUUAACUGUCCUUUAUUUUAAAUUUAUUGACAUAUUUUUAA